AAAGAUCAGCCGUUAUAUAUAUAUUUAGUCUUCUCGAAACAGAAAUAUAUGAAUCACUAUUAUUUCUUUUUAUUCUGUUUCUUCUCAGCGCAGGGCGUCAAAUUAAUUUUACCAUAAACACCAGGUUUUUCAUUGUUUGCUUGUCGCAAGUUUAUCUUUCGCUACACGGAUACGACACAUGAAAUACGAGUUUUAUUGCCCGGGCUAAUACCCACAUCGCGUUUUCUCCCAGGUUAGUUGACUUUUUCGCAGGUGCCCGCAGGUGGGUAACUUUGAGCACUCUGUAUGUUAGUUUGUGAUUAUUGACCGGGUCCGUGAUAACAAGACUACGUUGUAUCUUAAAAACGCGAAUAAAACGCUAAACUUUCACUUUCAAGGAAAAGAAAUCACGAAAAUGGGCUUGCUGUGGUGUAGUUGUUUUCCUUGGGAAGAAAAUUGGCGGGAAGUCCACACCGCGGCAACCGUUUUAGCAACCGUUAAGCACGGAGUAUUUUUGGCGCGAAAACUUCGCGGGCCAAUGAGCGGCUUGCCAGGUGACGUAAUGUUUUGGUUCGAAGGGUGACUUAAUUCCAGAAAAAUUAUAUGAUGGUCGUCAUAGCGGCUUCAGUGGGACGAGUUACGUUUAUUUCAGAUUAUCUAAGACAUAAAGACACGGCCAAAGAAUUUCCAGAAUGGGCGAGCACGUUUUAGGAAGCUGUGAGAACAUGGAUGUACUGUUUUAUGACCAAACAUCGGUACCAGUGAACAAUUUCUCGCGCUAUGACAAGAACGCGUUGAGGUUAAAUCUCGAGGGACACCAUCCCUCUGUUGUACAAGAAUAUAGGGGCAAUGGAAAACUUGGGAUUUACGAGAACUCACCAGAGUUGACCCUGUUUAAAAUGGUUUCUCCCGAGCUGGAAAAAUUUAUUGCAAGCAAUACUGGCCUCACGCCGAAAGGAAAUCCCGGAGCUAUCAAUUCGCCGGAAUUCACUUUAUUUAACCUGAUUUCGCCCGAGUUUGAAAAAAUUCUCGCGAGUGUUCAGAAUCCCAAAUCACCCACGCAGGCGAAAGGUUUGCGCGAGGGAAAUAACAGCGUCAAACAACAACACGAGGCUUAUGUUCAAGGCUUUGCGGAAGCUCUUCAGCAAAUACACGAUCGCCAACAACCCGGCGAUCAUCUUCACAAACAGAAUACAGUACCCGUUGGUUCAGGUACCAACAACAGCUGGGGAGAGCUGCCGGAAAACACACCGAACAACUUUCACAGCCAGGUACACGAGACCUCUUACGAGAUAAAUAAUCCCCCGUUUGCGGGGGUAACAACUUAUGACCAUCACGAACUUAAUCCCGCGGCAUACGGCGGCGCCGUCGUGGAAACAGAGAAUUUUGAGUACGCUGAUGAAACGUUAAAAUCGCAAGCCGGGAGUGUGCUCCCACUACCCCCGAUCGAUUUAGAACUUCAGGAGAUUGUGAAACGUGAGAGAAAGAAACAGAAAAAUCGGGUGGCGGCUUCAAAGUGCAGGAAAAAGAAACUUGAGAGAGAAGCACAGCUCGAAGUCAGGGUACAACAGUUAAAAGAUAAAAAUAUUGAACUAAACGCGGUAGCGAACGCGCUCCGGCAACAAGUAAGUGAAUUGAAGCAACGAGUUCUAGAACAUGUGGCCUACGGUUGUCAGCUCCCUUCCAUUGCAUCCGCGGCUUUCUAGAAUCUACGUUUAAAAAUUUCUUGUUCAUAUACUCUUUGAAAUAUAUUUUCUUACUCUUUCUUUAACGUAGAAUUUGGAAUAUCAUGAAACGGUUUACAGGGCUUCGUUGAAAAUUCCAGAAAUUUACCCAAUUCUUGCAAUUUCGUGUUUGUGAUUGUACCUGCUUAACAUCCCGCCAACAGGUGGCACAACUGUGUUCUGAAGAGCCGGGUCAACAAACAAAAACCAGAGAUGAAAAGUGCUUUUUGCCUUUCCACGCUGCGGUCCCAUCACAAAUACGGAAUGCGCCGAAAACAUUCUCUCAGAAUUCGCUUGGAAUUCGGAAGGCCGGGAGUGGUCGCAUUUGAGACAAAGCUCUAAACACGUUAUUUGCCAUUUUUCGCUUCCAGUAAGAGGCUCUGGAGGUUUUGCCCUUGAUUAAGCCGUAACAGGUGGAUUUCAUGGUCGAAGGCGAGGUGAAAGUGGUAAAUUAACUGAAAUUUCACGCAUUUUGAGAGUACAUUACACUAAAAGAGUGUUAGUUAUCGCAGAUUAUCCAAAUUACUUGGAUGAACCCCACAUUCUUUAAAUAACUCUUUCAAAGAGUCAAACAAGUGCUUUAUUUUUAUAAAUUUCUAUAGAACCACACCUUAGAGUUAUCAAAUCUUAUCUUUGAUUCAUCAGUGACAGAUGAUUAAUGUAGUGCGUGUUAUAAAAUCCCUGAUACAUUCUGAUGAAAAAAAAAAUAUAUCACUUCUUUCACGGAAAUCGUUGGUUAUGUUCAUAGUAGCCUGCGGUAAAUUUCUAAGAAAAUAAAAACACAAAUGCAUGGGCUACGCCUGUCAGGUAACUGUAUAAAACCAAGAAAAGCUGAAGGAGAAGAGAGUUAAUCGUUCAUUUAAGCCAUAUUCCUAAGGAAAGCCCUCUCAAGUUAUUUCUACAUCACCCAUGGACCAAUAUGUGGGAUUUGUUCCGGCUCUUUUUCUCCAUCCUCUCUUUUUAUAAAACUAGAUCGAAAGUAGGUUACCUACGGAGGUUUAUUGUUGACUGUCGAAAACAUUUAAUGGCUUGCUGCUACCGAGGUCGGUCAACCUGUUCUCGCUUACAUCUUCCCGUUCGUUCAUUUCAUCACAUUGGAAUGACCAGAUACGAAUCUUGCAGUUGUUGUUUUUUUCUUUCUCUCCACUCUCCGUCCCCCCAGCAAUGUUGUUUUGUGUUUGCGAGAUAACUCACUGUCUAGUUUUAUUUGACGAUAGAAAAAGCGGGUUAGACAGGGGUUUCGUAUAUGUCGUUUCAAGAUCAAAUCAACGACGUUUCUUACAAUCCGAAUUCCUUCGUGGAACACUAGUUAACAUUGUAAUUUUCAGUGUAGUUUCUUUCGCAAGUUAUGAUGCAGAUCUGCGACAGUCAUUAGAAAACGACUAUAUUUGCAAGUUGAUAGGUUGACAGUUUAAAGCAAUGUAAAUAUCAUCAUCGUCAUUAUCAAUUCGAUGAAACAGGUGGCGUCGCGGUAAGAGAUUGCGCGACUGAGUUUGCUGUUUUUCACCAAUGGCUACUCCUCAUGGCGUUACUUCAGUUGUCACGCAAAGCGUUGCGUGACGAUCCAGUAACGACAAAGCUGUGCAUGGUUUCCAACUAUUAAAGCGCUAAUGUAAAUACAACGUAGCAGAGAAGAACUUGUGAAUGUUCCUCAGGCAAACUAGCUGGCCCUGGCUUGCUGUUAUACAAAAUAAAAUCAACUCUUUGACUAAUGGUUUUUGA